CUUCAGUUGAAAGAUCCAUUUUAUUUAUUUAUUUAUAUAUAUGUCUAUUGAUGUCAAGUCAGAGUAGAAUUCUUGUUUGACUCUCGAAAUUCAAUCUGUACUACAUAUAUUGGGACAGAUGGAGUCAUAUACUUUCUUUUUUUUCUUUUAUUAGCUUAUAGAAUGUAAAUUCAUUAUAAGUGGUGUUUUCUUUAGCCAAGGUCUACAGAAGUUAUAUGCAUGAUCUAACCUUUUUCACAAUCAAAGGGUUCGGAUCAGGGAAAGGAUGUCGUUCAUGAAAGGUGAUUUGUUAAGCAGAUCGAGAAAGCUUGUCAAAGGCUUAGCCAAAGCCGAGCCUGUCUGGCUCAAGGCUAUGGAGAAGGCUCCACCGGCAACAUUCCCUCGUGCUGAGAAGAAGCUGCAACCCAUUAGUCUACCCGAGGAUGUCUAUAUCAAGAAGUUCUUCCAAAAACAUCCAGAAUCUAAACAUGAGGAUGCCAUUAAGAUUUCCGGAUUUGACCCUCCUCCAGCCCGUCUAUUCGGGUGGCGAGUGCUCGAGUUAAAGGAGCAAGGGGUCAGCGAAGAGGAAGCUAUGGCUGUUGCUGAUAUGGAAUAUAGAGGAGAAAGAAAAGCAAAAAAGAAAGCAUAUUCUCGACUGAAGCAGAUUGCACGACUUCAAGGGAAGAAACCACCUCCCAAUCCAUAUCCAAGCGCUAUCAAGGAGAUACAAGCUGAAGAAAGGAAGUUUGUGCGCGAUCGUUUCUAUAACCGAGAUAUUCUUCAAAUUGCGGGGAGACUGAAAGAGGAGAGGCAAGCGGAGCUGCAAGAUAGAAGAGGUGGAGGUGGCUGGUAAAAUCCACAAGGUCUUGGUUCUAAUAGGUUUUCUUUUCUCUCUUUUGAUGCUUCGAUUAUGUAUCUUUCAGAUAUUAGAUCUCUGUCCAAGUGGUUACACUUUGUGGUAGGCUUGGAGUCCUUUUUCAGUUAAAUUGAAAAAUAGGUGAUAGUCUGAAUUUAAAAGAAGCAAUUUCUAUUAACGUGAUUCAACUGCCUUCACUGA